AUGGAAAUACUUCGAGAUUGUCACGAAGCUGAGAUUGGUGGGGGACACUUCAAGCGCGAUAAGACGUAUGGAAAAAUCUCGGAGAGAUUUUAUUGGCACGGCUUGAUGAGUGAUGUGAAACAGUAUGUAUCAACCUGUGAUGUCUGUCAGCGCGUAGAUGGUAAACUUGGGAAACAGCAUGCCGAGCUGCAUCCAAUACCUGUGUCAGAUGUGUGGAAACAAGUAAGUAUUCUGGUAAAUCUUAGUAUGCUGGUAAACCUUAGUAUUUUAGUAUACCUUAGUAUUACUAUUUAUAACUUAAUAUUUUUGCCACAGGUGGGUAUAGAUUUGAUUGGGCCACUCAAGGCAAGCAAACAGGGAAACAGCUACAUAGCCACCAUGACUGAUUACUUUUCUAAAUGGCCAGAAGCACAAGCCAUUCCCAACAAGAGUACGAAGUGUGUUUCAGACUUCUUGUUUAAGAUGAUACUGCGAUACGGGUGUAUGGACAUCGUAAUCAGUGAUCAGGGGAGGGUAUUUGCAAACCAGGUACUGAAGAUUGUUUUGUAUAACAUGCUCAUGUCAGAAUAAGCUGUAGUUUUUUACAGAACCUUUUUAUUAUUUUAUUAUUACAGGUAAACAACGAGCUCUUCCCUCGUACAGGUGUUGAUCACCGCAUUACCAGUGCGUAUCACCCCCAAACAAAUGGAUUGACUGAAAGGUUCAACCAGACUUUGGAAAAGUAAGCAUUUAGUAAUCAGUACAAUCACAUCUAAUUUUACAAAGUUUGUCUAAGAAUUUGAAAUAUAAUAGUAAAAUGUGUAUUUUUUGUGCGCAGUGCCAUAGUGAAAAUAAUCAACGAAGAUCAAGAUAACUGGGAAGACAACCUAGACAGCAUUCUGUUUUGUUAUCGGUCAUCUAAAAACGACUCCACAAAGUUUAGCCCAUUUUUUCUGAUGUAUGGUCGUGAACCAAAAUUGCCAAUCGAAUUAGCAGUGAAAGGAAGUCCUCGUUGUGACGACCAAGAUUCUACACAAGUCUCAUUGGAUACCAAGGUCGAACAGCUCCUAAAAUUUAAGAAAUCGGUGCACGACUUGGCGAUGGAAAACAUACGAAAGGCGCAAGAUCGGCAAAAACGAAACUACGACAAAAAACAU